AUGUUUAAUAUACUAAGUAUAGCAAAAAGCCAUUUGGAAAAUGGAGGGAAAAUCGUAACGGCCCUGAGUCCGCUGACGGCAAAAAAGGAGAAGGGAUGGCGUAUAAUGAUGAGUUUUUGGAAGAUGCUGGGUGAAAGACUCGUGAAAAUGGGAAGAGAAGGUCAGGUUGUGACUACAUUGAAUAGUCAGAUCGUGGACGGGAAAAUAUACAUUGAAGCAGGCAGCCCUGUGGCCUCAGCAAAUUUCCACAAUCUAUACUUGGGAGUCAGGGCGGCCAUGAUAUUGAACCAAUCGGUACGAGAAAGAGCCCAAGGGAUCAAGCUCUCUGAGAUAGAACGAUCGUCGAGGAAAACGACUACGCGGUGUGGAGGCAUGUGGAAUAGUGAGGCGAAGAGAAAAGCACCUUCACAGAGGCGGGCCGACACCAGCCUCCACAACAAUAGUCCAGCCGCGACCACCACAGUUCAGCCGCCACCAGCCAAAGUCCAGCAGCCGUCACCAGCCAUAACUUCAGAGCCGCCACCAGCCACAGCUGGCGCAGCCGUUAAGCACACAGCUCAAGCACAUCGUCGAUAUUGA